UGAAGGAGAAAAAAAAUGCACCCACCCGGGGAAGGCAAGAUCGGUAGUUGGGUGUCUUCUCUGGUUGACUCCUUCCUUGAGACCAUUGCCUCCAAAAUCCGAUGAUAAAGCCCAUGCCUUGAUUACCCAGCUUUAUUUAACCUGCCAUUAUCUCGUUGUUUAUGCUCUAAACCAGACCAACCAAACCCAACCCUCGUUAAAAGGCCUUUUGCCACCAGCCGCCGUCUUCUCCGAGCCGCCUCUCUCCGGCGCUCCCCAUUUCCAUCCCCCUCUCGAGCUCUGAGCUCUCCAAGCUCCUCCCAUGGUGGUCGAGAGCCCUCUCUCGUAGCUCCGAGAGGAGGAGCUCUCUGGUUCCCUCUCCAAGGUGGAAUUUUUGGCGCUCUAGAGCAAAGAAACGAGCAAAGACUGGGGCUUUCUGAUGCUCUGAUCUGAGAACCGAGCGAGCUCCUGGGAUUCAUGGUGUUUGAUGCAUUUGUUUCCAAGAGAAUGCAGAUUUCUUGCGGUGGUUCGGAGAUUUAGCUGCUGGGAUGAAGCGAUCGCUCCGCUUGCCAAUUAGCCUCCUGCUGGUGGUCGCCGUCUUCACCGCCCUCAGUUUUGGGGCGGCGCUCCGGCGCGGCAUCGGCGAUGGAUCUUUGCGGGUGGUCGCCGCCGUGACGGCGGCGCCGCCCCUCAACGCGGCGGCGACGCCCCUCAAUGCGACGCUCCUGAGGCUGGCUGCGGUGGACGCCGGGGAGGAGGAGCUGCGGAAGGAAGUGGAGGACCUCCUCGACGUGACCUUCCCCGCCGGCAUCUCCGGCGGCCGCGGGGGCAGGCUCCGCUCGUUCUCCGCCUGGCGGCGGGAGAACCACGUGGAAGCGCGGACACGAUCUGGCUCGCGACUCCCGAUCCGUCUCCGGUCACCCAAGAACUACCGGAUGUUCCCGGAGUUCCGCCGCGCCCUCCGCGACUGGUUCCGGAACCGCCGGUUCCAGCCGGUGGUCAUGGCAGAGCUCGUCGCCCUCGUUAGGGGCCCCAUCGACCGCCACCUCGGCCGCCCCGACGCCGGCCGCCGCUACGGUACCUGCGCCGUCGUCGGGAACAGCGGGAUCCUCCUCAAGAACAAGCACGGCGAGCUGAUCGACGGCCAUGACCUCGUCAUCCGCCUUAACAACGCCCGCACCAACGGCUACCAGCGGAAUGUUGGAUCAAAAACCGACCUUUCCUUCGUGAACAGCAACAUUCUCCACUUCUGCGCCCGUAGGGACGGCUGCUUCUGCCACCCCUACGGCGAUGACGUCCCCAUGAUCAUGUACAUUUGCCAAGCCGUCCACUUUCUCGAUUACACCAUCUGUAAUGCCUCCCACAAGGCUCCCCUCCUCAUCACCGAUGCCCGGUUCGAUGUUCUUUGUACUAGGAUUGUGAAGUAUUACUCUCUGAAGCGGUUCGUGGAGGAAACCGGCAAGCUGCCGGAUGAGUGGAGCAAGUCCCAUGAUGAGAAAAUGUUCCAUUACUCAUCAGGGAUGCAGGCCAUAAUGCUUGCUUUGGGAAUUUGCGAUCAAGUUAGUGUUUUUGGAUUUGGGAAGUCGGCUGAGGCAAAGCACCAUUACCACACCAACCAGAAGGCCGAACUGGAUUUGCAUGAUUAUGAGGCAGAGUAUGCCUUCUACCAUGACCUGAUCGAGAGGCCACAGGUAAUACCAUUCCUCAAGGAUUCUGGAGUUAAGGUUCCUCCACUUGUGUUUUAUCAUUGAGCUGUUUGUUUGAUUCGAUUUGUUGGGUGCCCAUUGCGACGAUUGUAAUUGUAAUUUUGCAUGAAGAAAUUGUAAAAUGGAGAAAGUGAUAAACUGUAAAAGGAACAAGAAAAUUGUUUGGUAGAUUCUUCACAAGUCUUAGAUGUAUGGAUAGCUGCUGAUGUCAAAUUAGAAGAAAGAUUUUUGUUAGCAGUAGAAUUAAUUUCUGGAGGUGGAAUUUUGAGGAUUUGUUCACUUUCUUUGUAUAAUGAGAAUCAGACAGCCAAUUAUAGAUCCUUAUUUAUUGUGAGAGGGUAGGUUCCCUGAGACCUACAACAUACUUCAUUGAAUGGGAGAUUCAAUUAGUGUUCUUUUGAAUGUGCUGUUCCACAUUUAGAGUAUUGGUGGGCCUCUGCCCCAAUCUUCUUCUCCUCUUCUAUUGUAAUGGUAUGGGUACACAGAAUACAUGUGAGUCUUUUCAAGCUA